AUAUGCCCAAGUGAGAAAUAAGUUUCAGAAGUUCAGGAGUCAGGUUACUUGAUUGUUCCAAGUGGCCAGCGCCUGUUCACUCCAGAUCACAAUUGGAGCUCUUCAUAUUUUGAGAAGUGGUAGAUAUGUGUAAUCGGUACAAAUCAGCAUAUUGAAAGUGAUGCUAUGAAGGUUGUAGUGCUCGUGAAUUCAGAUCAAUGAAUGGAAAUUUCCUCGGGAGGUUAAACUCAUACGCACUGCUGGCGGAUCCUUCACGAACUACCCCAGCCCUUGCCUGGCCGGAUGUGCAUCAAAACGUCAUUAUGGAGGACAAAAAUUGUGUCAUCUCGGACGACCCCUUCCCGAUCGCAGUCCUCAGGCUGCUGCACAAUAUUGCACAGGAAAAUGCUCAGACAAAGAAGGCCUGUCAUCGCUGGGGCAGCGAGGAGGGACAGGGGAUGGGGGCGCGGCGAUGGGGCUAGCAAUAAUAAACCACCACCAGGUCCUCCUGGAGUGGAUCCAGCUUCAGAAGAAGAAGACUGGGACGAUUGGGGGGACUGGGGAGAUCCAAAGGUGCUGUCAGAUUGGGUGGAUGAGGCUCAAGCAGCCCGCCGCAAUGGCAAAUCGCGCAGCCAGUCCUCCAGAAGGAGAGGCAGG